CUGGAGCUGCAACUGCAACAAGAAGUGACACCUCUGAUGAAUUCUGAAUUUGACAUUUUGAAAUACCAUAAGCAGCUGACACAUAAAAACAUGAAAAAUAAAUCAUCUGCUACAGCUAUGCCACUUUCAGGCUCCAUCAGCGAAACCGAGGUCCAGAUGUAUCUUUCAUCUCCUGUAACACCAAUAAAGAGAGAUGCCAUUGAAAUUUGGGAAGAUAUGAAAUCUCUUUUUCCAAAACUUACAAAAGUCGCAAUGAUAUACCUUCCAAUUGUUGCCACGUCUUUUCCAAGUGAGCGGUUGUUCUCGGAAGCUGGAGCAACCAUUACUCAACAAAUAAAUAGACUGUUAGGGUCUAGAUUAUCUAAGCUUCUUUUCCUUAACUCUGUGUCAAGACUAUUAAUUUCUAAAUAA